AUGCAAAUUACAAUAAAUGCAGCUAAUGAAAAUGGACAACCAGAAUGUCCAAUCUGUGACGGAGUUUAUAACUUAGAACAUAUGUUCCAAAAUGAUGAUUUUAUUGAAACGAGUAAUUGUGAGAAUGAAACCUUAUAUCACUUCUUUCAUCGAAGUUGUAUUUUUUUAAAAAUGGGCACAUCUGGAAGUCAUCAAGCAUGUCCAACAUGUGGUCAUGAACUGAACAUAAUUUUUCAUCCAGAUGCUGAUCAAAUAAACCAGAAUUUGAGAAAAAUUGAUAUGGGUUUUGCUUUAGAACCGAUAAAAGAUUGUUACAAAAACCGAAAUGUCUAGUUACAAAAAUUUUUUAUUAUUUUUUUUAAUUUUCUAUUACAAAUUUUACUCAAUUGAAUGAGUAAUAUAAAAAAAAAUUCAAAAAAAUCCUUAAAAAAUAAAAAUCUACAAAAACAAAUUAAAAAAUUCAAAAAAUUAAAACACAAAAAAACAAAAGUUUAGAAAAUCCAAAAAAUCAUUAAAAAUUCUAAAAACCCAAAAAAACAAAAAAAAUUCCCAAAAAACCUCUUUAUUUAUUUCUUUCUAUUUAAAAUCUAUUUUUUCUUUCCUAUUUUCAUUCUUUUGUAAAUUAAAAAUAUUUAAUCUUUUGUAUAAAAUAUUUCCGGGAAUUAUUUUG